AUGGCAAGUAAGCGUUUGGAUGCGAUUAAAUUGGCUAAAAGUUCCCGGUGGGAAGAGCUCGGACGUCUUGUUGAUGCUGAGCCAGCAACGGCGCAGCAAGUUGAUUCGUAUGGCAUGUUACCACUCCAUUGGGCGUGUACCGAGCCCCAAUCUAUUGGUGAAGGUGUACUUUUAGCACUAUUAAAAGCAUUCCCAACAGGUUCACGUGCCCCAAAUACAGCCGAGAUGCUACCACUUCAGAUUGCAAUCAAAGCACAAGCUCGAAUUGAGUGGCUUCAAGCUCUUUUAGCAUCGUAUCCAGAUGCAGUAUUGAAAAAGGCACCAACGGGUGAAAAUGCUGUGCAGCUUGCACGAAAAGCUGGAUUACCAAAUCGUAGUAUCAAACUACUUGAAGAAAUGUAUCAUCACGUAUGUGCAAAGGAAGGGUUACCAGAUCAACUUGCGAUGGAGAAACAAGAGGCCAAAGUUCAGCAAGAGAGUCAACAGCACGAUGAUGAAGGUCACUUACGUCCUUCUGAACGUUUUCAAGCCAUUGCUGGAGAUCUACCAGUAUCACAACGUGUAAGUACUGGACAAUAUGGUCAACAUAUGCGAAGACUCAGUAGCACUGCGUCCCUUAAGUUACGAUCGUUCUCGGACAAUGACUUUUACACGCAGCAGGUAAAUGUGACAUUGAGUACCCCUCAUGUCCAGUCAGUACCAAGUCCAUGGUCCCCUCGUCGAACAAUAGAAAGUAUACGACCACAGUCUAUUUCAGCACAACGACCAUCAACUACAUUACGAGGUGCAGUGUCUCUUCCACCACGUUGGAUGAAUGCCCCCAUGUGCAGCAUAUGUGCCCAAAAAUUUGGGACGUUCAAAAAACGCCACCAUUGUCGUAAUUGCGGUCAAUCAAUCUGUCGCGACCAUUCGGCACGUGAACGUAUGAAAUUGCCACAUUAUGGUCUCAGUGAUCGUCAUCGUGUUUGCGUCGUGUGCCACGAUGUGUUACGAAAUGCUAGUCGACAGGUACGACAGCAACAGAUUACUAUGCAAGUGGCACAACGACCGACUAUACCAGUGCGUGCUAGUCAGGCCGUGAGUGGAGAUGCUCGUCGGUCUGAAGAAACACCACGGUCUCCAACGAGCUUGUUAGAGCGACAUGUGUCGGCACCAGCACGUGCACCAACUUAUGUGACCGGACCAUAUCGAGGUGGAACUGAUGCGAUUAUUAAUGAACAAGUUGCAAGUUUACAAAAGCAAGUAUCCAUGUUAAUGGAAGAGAAACAACAAGCCGAAAAGCAAUUGCGGGUACAAGCUGAAAUGCUAAAUGACCCAGAUCGUCUGACGAAUGGAUCUCGAGGUAGUAAUAGCAGUACUGUUGGAAGUACUGUAUCGUUAUCUCGUGAUCGUCAGAAUUCACUUCCACUGCAAAUGCGCACUGGUGCCUCAAAACCUGUACAAUCACCUAUUGGCCCUAUACCAAAUCCGGGUCUUGCCAUGUACCGAUCAACGGGUCAAUUGCUUAAUCGGACAAAAAGUGCUGGAAACUUUCGUCCAGCACGUGAGGUUGAUAUUGAUAGUCCCAUGUUUGGUACAACACAAAUUCAGUUACAGCAACAGAUGCGCUCGAAUUCAAUUGUUGAGACACCAUCGUUGCAAAGAACAACUCGAUUGCAAGAUGCACUGAAUACGAUCGCAGCUGUUGAGUCGACGUACGAUGAUCUGGAUGAAUCAGACUCGGAUUCCGACUUUGAAGAACGUCAGACGGAUCUUGCGGUAGUAGAAGCAGCAAAAGCUACGAUGAAUGUUGAACAAGGCGAAAUGGAACUAGGAGAUGAGAGUGAAAACGAUGUCGGUUGUGAUACGUUGCCAGAAGUCGACGUGCUUGUGAAUCUUGGCCACGUGCUGAUGGAAAAAGGAAGCGUAAGUGCUGCGGUGCAAGCGUUUACACGUGCAGUUGAAAUUCGACCAGACGAUCCGGCUCUUCAUUCGUUGCUUGGUCGGGCCUUUUAUGCCGACGAAAAUCUGGAAAAAGCGGUGGCUUCCAUUACAAAGUCGUUGGAGCUCGAGCCAUCGGCGACGAAUUCGACGCUUUUAGGUAAAAUCCUUUUUGAAAAAGGUGAUCACGAAAAAGCGAUUGCUGCUUACCAACAGUCCUUGGACAUGCAGAAGUAA